AAGGCUCUUUCGUACGGGAUGCGUUUGGAAAGAGGGAGGCUUGUUGUGAUUCUCCUUACCUUUUGGCCUAAGUCUGUGACUGAAUCUCUUACCACUUCAGUGAUCAAAAGUUCUGAGUUAGUCACAGAUCCUAGACAGGCUUUUCAGCUCACCCACUUGAGCUGUGUUUCCUAAGGAGGCUGAUCACCAUGACUCUGGAGACUGAGGUCAUCUCUCAAGCAACAUCCCCGUCCUCCAACUUCACAGCCGCCAUGUCCAGGGAAACGCCACUGUACUACGUCUGGCCGGCGACAGAGCCUCUCGUGCAGAAUUUCGAGUGGAAGGUCGAUGAGACGCCGGUGUCGAACCUUGUGUUGAUGCUCUGCACGUGUAUGGGCUACGUCGCGUUCAUUCUAGGUCUGAAAUGGUAUCGGACCAAGCACAAGAUGGCUCCAGUGAAUCUGGGCCUCCUCCCCGCCAUUCACAAUCUGAUCCUGUGCCUCUGGUCCCUGGCGAUGUUCUUGGGCAUCAUCCACGCAAUGCUUCUGGAUUCCGAGAUCAACAAGUACAACACCGGCAUGGGCAAGUAUACUUGGCUUCUCUGUUUCCCGUCGACUGUGAAGCCCGUCGGUUAUCUGUGGUUCUGGAGCUACAUUUACUACCUUAGCAAGUACUACGAGCUCCUGGAUACUGUCAUCCUGGUGCUGAAGAACAAGCCGCUAUCGUUCCUGCACGUGUACCACCAUGCAACCAUCGUCUUCCUCUGCUGGCUGUGGCUAACUAACUGUCAGUCGCUCCAGGUCAUCGCAAUCACCAUUAACACGGGGAUCCACGUCAUGAUGUACUUCUACUACUUCAUGCACAGCAUCGGCAUGCCUCCUCCUUGGAAGAUGUUUGUCACCAACAGCCAGAUCAUUCAGUUCAUGAUCGGCACUUUCGUCGCGUUCCCGCUGAUCUACUUCCACUUCACCCGACCUACUGGCUGCGCCGGAUUCGAGUCGUUCUGCUUUAACCUCUUCUUCAACUCCUCGCUCCUCUACCUCUUCGUCGACUUCCACAUUCGCAACUACGGGAAGGCCGCGAAGGCAGGCAAGGGUGGCAAGCGGGCCAAGAGGGAUUAAGUUAUUGAAGGCUCCCGUCCUCCUAAUGCUGGCAGUUGAUUGGACUGAGCGAGGUGGUCGAUACGUCCGGUGUAGCGUUAGGGGCUGGAGCUGCUAGCUGUCUCUUCACGCUUAGGGUUGAGCUGAAGUGGUAGCAUUUCAGUUGACUUGCUUAGGGUUUUCAUUCACGUGUGUCAACAUUGUGUUCAGUUUUGUCAGGUCACUUCAGUCACUCUUCCCCUCCUUCGGUGCGACGCUUAUUGCCAGCCAUAGCGGGGGUUCGUCGCAUACCUGCCGGUGCCUGUAUCUGAACCUCCUAACUGAUAGUUUCCGUUCACAGUCGUCAU